AUGAUUCUCAUUUCCAUAUGCAGAGCUGCAUUCUCUUGCUCUAUCUCUGUACGAGGGCUCCAUAAAUCCAUCAGUGUCCAAGAGCUCGGUGGCUGGCGGAAUGGUUCCCUAGGGCCUGGUACUUAUGGUCAGAAUUGGGGUGUGACAUAUAUUCCUGAUAGUAUCUGUGUCCUGAAGGGUUCAUCAGUAACCAUGUUCUGCUCCUACAAAUAUCCCACUGGUGACACAGUUGAAACAGUUUUCUGGACAAAACAUGAAGUUGGGGAGCCCUCUGAUUUGUCUAAAGACAUAGAUUAUAAAGGCAAGUUUCAUGACCUUGGAGAUAAACAGAACAACUGCACCAUGAAACUGAUUAAUGUGACUCAGACACAUUCAAGGAGGUAUCGAUUCAGAUUUAUUACAAAUAAGGACCGGUGGAUUGGUCAACCUGGAGUUACACUGUCAGUUACAGACCUACAGGUGGAGACUCCAGAGAGAGUGAUGGAGGGUGAUACAGUCACUCUGAAAUGUAAUACCACCUGUUCUCUGAGUAACACAUCAACCUUCAUCUGGUAUAAAAAUGGACAUGUUUUAACAAGCAAAACCAUGAAGAACAAUGAACUCUCUCUCCAGUCAGUCAGCUCUGAGGAUAGAGGCAGUUAUAUGUGUGCUGUACAAGGUCAUGAGAAUCUUCCCUCUCCUGCUGUCACUCUCAAUGUCGUACAUGCUCCAGAGAAGACCACAGUGUCAGUCAGUCCCUCUGGUGAAAUAGUGGAGGGCAGUUCAGUGAAUCUGACCUGCAGCAGUGAUGCUAAUCCACCAGCCAAUUACACCUGGUUUAAGAAGAAUGGAACUGUCACUAUAGGAAAAGAAGAAACCUAUAGGAUCAACAAGAUCAGCUCUGAGGACAGUGGAGAAUAUCAGUGCAAGUCCAGUAAUCAACAUGGACAUCAGUUUUCAAAUUCUGUAUCUCUGAAUGUUUUUUAUCCUCCAAGAAAUACCACAGUGUCAGUCAGUCCUUCUGGUGAAAUAGUGGAGGGCAGUUCAGUGAAUCUGACCUGCAGCAGUGAUGCUAAUCCACCACAGAUAAACUACACCUGGUAUAAAGAGAGUCUAACUUCACCUGUAGGAUAUGGACAGAGAUACAUCAUCAACAACAUUCAGUCCAGUAACAGUGGACUGUACUACUGUGAGGCCCAGAAUAAACAUGGCUCUCAGAAAACCACUGCUAACUGUCUGUAUAAUGAUGAACCACCAAGGGGCUUGAGUGAUGACACCACAUCACAUGACCCAGACACUCAAGAUGACCCAGCCAAUCAGGAUGACUCAGCCAGUCAGGAUGGUGAACUGUAUGCCAACGUUUCUUUUUCAGAACCUGAGUCAUCACGUCGUGUCUCUAACAUUUUUGAUGAUGAUAUAUAUGCUAACAUGUAG